AGUGACCAUUUGAUUGUGCAAGAAAACUUACGAUGAAGAAGCUGUAUCUGUGCAUUGUAUUAGAAUUAUGCGUGCUGACCAUGUCGCAAAGAACUGCCUUGGAUACGUCGAUUCUUAGUUACAUCUAUCGUGGAUAUCGUAAUUGGUUAACGCACUCCUACGGUACAAGGAGUGAGGAACGAGUAUCUCAAUUACGAAAUAAAAAUAACUUUCAAGAUGAAGUUCCAAUAGACGUCUCUUUUCCUUGCAACGUAACAGUCGGCAGGUCUUCGAAAGUUCCCGAGUCAGUUCAUCGUUUAAAACCAGGAGACAUAGAUGUCAUUGCUGCAAUGGGUGAUUCUUUGACAAUCGGCGCCGGUAUUACUUCGUUUUAUAUAUUCGAAGUGAACAUUGAAAAUAGAGGCAUAGUAGGCAGUAUCGGCGGUCAGGGAACUUGGCGACAGUACCUGACUCUCCCUAAUAUUCUUAAAGAAUUCAAUCCUAAAUUAGUAGGUUAUUCACUUGGAGACGCUAUAAGUACUGAUUCAGCUGCACAGUUAAACGUCGCUGAACCUGGGACUAUGUCUAAAGAUAUGACUUUCAUGGCGACAUAUCUAGUCAAUAAAAUGAAGGAAGACCCAAGGGUAGAUAUAAAUAAACAUUGGAAGUUGAUUUCAUUGAUGGUUGGAAGUAAUGAUUUUUGCACCAAUAUGUGUGUAACUUCUCCACGGUCUAUGUUAAAUGAUCACAAAAUAGAUUUAAUUAAUACUCUUAGAAUAUUAAGAGACAAUUUACCAAGAACUUUCGUUGCUCUUAUACCACCACCUCACUUAAAGGAACUGGUUACUGCAUACCAAGGAAGAGAGUCAUUGCCUUGCUAUGUGUCAUCCAUGAUUGGAUGUUCAUGUAUGUUUGCUUUAAAAUUUAGAGAUCAAAGACCGGAAUAUUAUAAAAUAAUUGAGAGGUGGCAAGAGAUUGACGAAGAAGUUGCUAAUUAUCCAGAAUUUCAUAAAAAUGACUUCACUGUAGAAAUUUUACCGACUCUGGAAAAUGCAAAAGUACCUCUUGCCGAGGAUGGACUUGCCGAUUUCUCAUAUCUUAAUGCUGAUUGCUUUCAUUGGAGUCAAAAACUACAUGCAAUAUAUGCGAAUAAUCUGUGGAACAAUUUGUUGGAACCAGUUGGGAACAAGAGUGGGGAUUUUACUUUGCCAUUUAAAAAAUUUUUGUGUCCUACUUCGGAAAGACCGUUUCUGAUGACGUAUAAAAAUUCGCAGAACAAAGAAUCUUAAGAAUGGUUCGAGAAAUUAAAAACAGUUUCUGUAAGUGUAAGAUGUAUUAUAGACUUGCCAUUCAAUUAAAGGAACGAGCAAUUUGUAUGUAUCAAUGCGGUAUAUUUCUGUAUAACGAAUGAAAGAAAAGUUGUUUUUCUACAUUUCUUCCUUCUUGUACAUAAUUCCUUAGGGUUAUUUUUUCUAUGUGACAUAGUUUUACAGUCGCAGGAAGAUUUUAAGCUUUUCGAUUGCUUUUGAACCAUCCAGACUAUUUACUCCAAUUUUAUAUAGUAUUAAACAAAACGAACACAUCAUUUUUAAAUAGAUUUUCUAAAAGAAACGUAACACGCUGUAGUACUAGAUUUAAUGUUGCUUUAUAUUUAUUAGAUGUAUCUACAUACAGUCACGUCGUAGGUACAGUAAUGUAAAUCUCGUGUUCGAGAUUCGAGUAGCAUAAAUUUUCAUUUUCUCCGUUAAUUUUUUAUAUGGCUUCAGUUCUACGCUUAUGGGUCUCUUCCGCACUCUACAUCUGCAACACAUCGCCCAAUUUCUAAAACGGUCAUGUAACCGCCUUUACAAAGAUACAUUUUUUAGUCCUCAAGCAAACCCGUUAUUCAGGACGCGCUACGCGUCUCACUACAACGACUUUUUAGUAUAAUUUUUAGGAAAGUUAGAAUUCUUUCAAUCGUCUUCGUCGUUAUCGUCGUUAUCGUCGUUAUCGUCCGCGUAAAGUCUGGUCGUCCAGCACCGUUAAUUUUAGUUGUUCAAUAAAUGUUAAACCGAAGUUCGUCUUUUUCUUUUUAAUUCAUUAGAGAUUUUUCGAAGACGCCAUUCUAUCCUUUGUUUUCGGCUCUGACCGAUUCCGGCACCUUGAAAAUCGGAAUCAACAAUCACCGCUCAUCCAAUACAUCUCGAAAUCUCGAAGAGCAGUCGACAUCAUAGUAUCGGUAUCAAUUAAAUAAAAUAAUGUGUUGCUUCUUUUUUUACUGUAAAAUAAACAUUAGUUCGAAAGCAAAUUAUCCGAAUAUUCCGAUAUAGCUCUUCUUGCACAAUGGAAAUGAUAUCAUCAAUUAGAAAUUUGACAAUUUGGAGAGUACAAAUCGCCAAUACUGAUAGGUAUGUUUUAUUAAAAUACUAGCAAAUUUGAUAACAAAAUGAUUGAUAUUUUACAAAAGUGUUUUAUAAAAGUUAAAAAAGCUACAAGCUAACUGAUUGAAUGAAAAAUUAUAGAACCCUAAAGAAAAAGUGUAUCGAAAAUGUAAAAUAGUGCUAAUUUAUUAACAUUGUUAGUAGAUUAUUGUGCAGGCCGGUCCAAAGCAUUGUGAAAUUUGUCACGCCUUCUUUGAACUGAUGACGAUGAUGGAAUAUUAAUGACGGGUUUCACAACUACAGGGAUUCAUUAUCUAUUUUAUUCACUAUUUUAUUAUUCCAACUACUUAUUUCAGCAACGUGACAUACCCACGUAUGUUCUGAUAAGGUACAAUAAGUAUGCUAUCUAACAAUUUGAUUGUAACUAAAUUUAAAAAAUGCAAAUUUCAUGGUCGCUAUUCAAAAGCGACAAAUAUUAUAAUCAGCAAAUGUUCUAAAAUAAGAACCAAUGUUGGAUCCACAGUAGUAUGUAAUUUUUACUGCGGUAUUUCAGCCAUUAUCAUACUGUUCUUGUAAUUUAAGUUCUUUGUGAAUGAAAGUAAUAAAGAAUAUUGGUAAUGCCAACACCAAUGAAACAUUUUCUCAGUCCUCGUCGGACGUUCAAAUUCAA